AUGCGGCCAGACCCCUUUGCUGAUGCAAGUAAGGGUGAUGACCUGCUCCCUGCCGGCACUGAGGACUACAUCCAUAUAAGGAUCCAGCAGCGCAACGGCAGGAAGACCCUCACCACCGUCCAGGGCAUCGCGGAUGACUACGAUAAAAAGAAGCUGGUGAAGGCCUUCAAGAAGAAAUUUGCCUGCAAUGGUACUGUGAUUGAACACCCUGAAUAUGGAGAAGUGAUUCAGCUGCAGGGCGACCAGCGCAAGAACAUCUGCCAGUUCCUCGUGGAGAUUGGACUGGCUAAAGACGACCAGCUGAAAGUCCAUGGGUUUUAAGUGCCUGUGGGUCACAGGAGCUUUAUGCAAGAAGACUUCCUUACCAUGAAAAUCCCACCUGUCCCUUGUCAUAAGUUUAAAACCAGCGGGUUUGUGUAAUGUAACAACCUUGGGUCCACUGUUGAGUCUGGACUAGUGUAACGCAGUGAUGUAAUAAACUGACACGAGCCCAUGCUAUCUCGUCUUGCUGUCCCUCAUUUAAUGGAGGUCAAUCAGGUGUUUGGCGCUGUCCAGCCUGAAGCUAAAACUAACCAGAUGUCUCAAGCUAAGUCAAGGGACUCGACAUGUCAGUCCAGCAGCUGCCUGAGCCUCCCCUCGGUCCAGCCUCCUUCCCCCUUCAGUGGGCAGUAAAACUUGAGGUGCCGCCGCCGUCCUACAUGGAGUGAGGCACCGAAGGCGAGCUGGGACAUGGAUGGGGACGUAGACACCCUCCCCGAGGCAGCGCUUGCUCCUGGUGGCAGAGGGACUUGGGGAAACUUGGAACAAGAAGAGUAGCUGAAGUGACUCCUGAGGCCGGAUGCCUGGAACCGAGGCCCGGCCGGGCCCUGGUGUCGUAAGCCCAAAGCUCCCGGGGUAACAUACUUGAACCGUUCACCGUGGGUUAAACUUUUGACAAGGGAUCAAUUUUGGACUAAUGUAACAAGUAUCA